UCCAAUUUAAUUAGGAUAUUUUCGAUAUAAAAGACAAAUUUCGGAUACUCGGGAGUUUCGGUUCGGUUUUUAAUUUUUUGGUUUGAUUCGGUUUUCUGGAUUUUGGUAAAUGUUUAGGCCUCAGAAAUGCAAAUUUACCUAAGUACCCUCACUCUUUUACUGUUAUUACAAUAACAGUAUUGCCCCUUAUCACCAUGUAUGCUGAGAAUUUUUGGGAAAGUGAAAAAUGCUGACCUUACAAGUACGACACUGUAGCUUCCUCUGUCCUAACGACAAAGUUCGAAGCUUUGGUAAUGUCUUCGUGAAAAAUGGCGGCGGUUUAGUCAUUGUAAUGUCGAAAAAGAGAGACUUUACGGAGAAAGCAAACGAGAAACGACCUUUCUUGCAGAUCAAAGUCCCCAACACAAUCCUCGCUCGAUCUGCUAUCGCUGUUCUUGGUUUAGGAUUCAUCGAUGCUGGGUAUAGUGGUGAUUGGUCAAGAAUAGGUGUGCUCUCAAAAGAAACAGAGGAGCUGCUCAAGCUUGCUGCUUUUCUUGUUGUUCCUCUCUGUAUCUUUAUUGGCCUUUCAUUCUCCAAUGAAUCAUCUGAUUAGAAGAAUGUGAUAGUUUGUUUACUUUGAAUAUUCUGUGUGGUAGUAGCACAUUGUGACAGUUCGUUUUACUUUGAAAUAUUCUUGGUAAAUGAAAAAAUAAUUAUAACA